UAGUAACUUUAAGUUUGCUACAUUUUUGGUAGUAAAUACUAUAUGUGGGAUAUUCUCGUAUGAAUAAACGUUACUUUACUACACUACAUGUUUCGAACAUCCUACAAACAGCUAAUUUCGCAUGAAUAAAACUAGUUUUUACCUACAGUUUUCUGGUAGGUAGCUACGUAGUGAGCUCACCGGUAACUUGAAACAAAUAUGUGAGGUUAAAUUUGAUUAAGUUUAAAUAUCCGAAAUGAAUCUUAAUGCAGCUUUGUUGAUGAAUGUUAAUACUAGAAAAGAGAAAACAUUUUGCGCUCGUCGAGCAGAUUGUGAAAAUUUUAAAGCGCUUUACCGAUUCACAAACGAAAACGUACAUUGGUUGACAGAUCAUUUUCUUUGUGAUCAAGAGGACACUAGAGGAGGAGGUCUCAGUAAUUUUCAAAAAAUGAAAACUUUUUUGCGAUAUGUGGGUGAUCCAGGAUUUCAGGUUGGUGUUGGAGAGGAUAUCGGGAUCCAUCAAACGACAGUUUGCAAAAUUAUCUGGCACGUUUGUCAACAAAUAAUUGAUAAAUCAAACUACUGGAUUCAAUUUCCGUCGACCGAAGAACAGUUUCGUAAGGCCAAAAAUGCCUGGAGCCGCAGGGGAAAAAUUCCAAAUGCAAUUGGAGCCAUCGAUUGUACCCACGUGCACAUCGUACGACCGCAUAAUCAUCCCGAUGAAUUCAUCAACAGAAAAGGAUUCGCAUCAUUUAAUGUCCAAGCAACCUGCGACGCUAAUGAUAUUUUCACCAGUAUCGAUUGUUCUUGGCCUGGUUCCGUUCACGAUUCUAGGAUCUGGAAGAAUUCGGAUAUUCAUAGAAUUAUGUUUGAGAAUACUGCAGGAGCUCUUCUUCUGGGCGAUGAAGGUUACGCUAUUGCUCCGUGGAUCAUGACACCGUAUAGAAAUCCUGAUACUCAAGUUAGAAUGCACUAUAAUAAAAUUUUUUGCCGAGAACGCGUUGUUAUCGAAAGGGUUUUCGGACAGGUUAAAAGACGUUUCCCAUUUUUGCAAAACGCAGUGCGCAUGGCUACGUAUCGAGUGCCAUCAAUGAUUCUUGCAUGCUUUGUGCUGCAUAAUGUUGCAAAACACCUCAAAGAUGAAGAUUUCUAUAGCGAUGAAGACAACAACAAUGAAGCGAGUGUUACUGAUACAAAUGAAAUUGGCGAUGUAAAAAUUCGUGGACGAAAUAGACGUGAUGCAAUUGCUGUUUAUCUAAGCCGUUCUGCUGCCGAAGAAGUGUAAAGCUACCUAUUUUUUUUUUAUUCAUUUCGUUUAUUUGAUAGGCACAAAUGCGUUAGCUUGGCGGUGCCGAAUUCUUUUGUUUUUACAUUUUGAAUAUCUUAAAACUAGGAGGUUACAAUGUUGAAAUAUUUUUUUAUAAAAGAGAAAAAAAUUACAGCUAUCUUAAGACUAGAAAAAAAAUUCUAUAUAUAAGAGAGGGGGCAAAAGAUUUUUUUUUAUGAAAAAUUUUAAACAAGGAAUUCAAUAGUAAUAGUUUUUUAGGAAAUAUUUACAGUUAUCUUAAAACUAACAAUAUAGUUUGGUACACAAAAGGGGGAACAAAUAUUUAUGAAAAAUUUCACAGAUGUUUUAAAACUAGGGAUACAAUUCUAUCUACAAGACGGGGGACAAUAGUUUUAACAAAGAGUAGAAAUUACAACUAUCUUAAAACUAGGAAUACGGAAUACAAAUUUGAUUUUUUUAUCGGAUACUUAUGCUUGGUCAUUUCCAAAAUCGGUGUAGAAGUAGUUGUAUCAAGGACAGGGGAGAGAAGGCGUAGAUGGUGACCGGUAGAGAAGAGCAAAACUUGCAACUUUCAGGCAAACGGGAGAUCAGCGAAACAAAUUUGCGCCUCAGUCUAGUAGGUCGGAUUGGCGGAUGGUAUUCUUCGGACCCGCGGGGAAUCCUUCAAAGGGAAUCCUUCGGACCUCGAGUCGAUCUCGCUUCAGAUUCCGUAGUGAUAAGGGCGACGGCGGUUACAUAGUGGCAGUCUGCAGCGUAUCGGUUCCACACGGCAAGAGGAAACUUCUAAAAACGAGAAAUAAAAGAGAGGGGCUAAAUUGGGAUAUUUAUCGUUUAUAUCAAGGUAUAAAUAAGGGACAUAUAGGGGAAAUCACGAUUUGCCAGCAUAUCUCGGACUGGGACAUUGGGUGGUCUACCUCGGGGCGAAGGGAAUCCUUUAACUGAGACCUGGCGUCCAAAUACCCGGCGCUUACUCAGACAACGUGCUCGAUGUCAUGAUAGCCCUCGUCACAAGCGCACAGACUACUCUCCGCAAGCCCAAUACGCCGCAAAUGUGCAUCUAAGGUGUAGUGGUUGGACAUAAAUCGGGACAUUACACGAAUAAAAUCCCGACCCACAUCCAUCCCCCUGAACCAAGGCUUCGUUGAUACCUUUGGGAUAAUCGAAUGUAGCCAUCGUCCAAGUUCACCAUUGCUCCACGAGGUUUGCCAACUGUUGAGUGUCCUCUGACGACAAAUACUAAAAAAUUCGUUGAAGCAGAUUGGUUUUUCGUAUAUGUCACCAUUUAAUGCGCCCACCUUUGCUAAUGAGUCGGCCUUUUCAUUGCCCGGGAUAGAACAAUGAGAGGGGACCCAAACAAAGGUAAUCUGAUAAGAUUUUUCAGAUAACGUACACAAGGACUCCUGUAUCUUCCCCAGAAAAUACGGGAAUUGCUUUUUAGGCUUCACCGCACGAAGAGCCCCGAUAGAGCUGAGGCUGUCCGAAAUGAUGAAGUAGUGAUCUGUGGGCAGAGUGUCGAUGAUCCCAAGGGUGUACUGAAUUGCAGCUAACUCUGCGACGUAAACUGAAGCGGGAUCAUUGAGCUUGAAUGAAGCGGUGAUAGUAUUGUUGAAGAUACCGAAGCCAGUGGACCCAUCGAGAUUUGAUCCGUCAGUGUAGAACAUUUUGUCACAGUCGACUUCUCGGAAUUUAUUAUAAAAUAUAUUGGGGAUCACUUGAGGGCGUAUAUAGUCCGGGAUUCCACGAAUCUCUUCCUUCAUGGAUGUGUCGAAGAAUACAGUAGAAUCAGAAGUAUCUAGGAAACGAACACGGUUGGGAGUAUACGUAGAAGGAUUAAUGCUCUGUGCCAUGUAGUCGAAGUACAAGGACAUAAAUCGGGUUUGAGAAUUAAGCUCGACGAGCCUCUCGAAGUUUUCAAUCACUAACGGGUUCAGAAUGUCGCAUCGGAUGAGCAAUCGAUAUGAGAGUUCCCAAAAUCGAUUUUUUA